AUGCGCGACCAGAACUACAGCAUGGCCAAACGCAAGAGCGAUGCGCUGUCGCAGCCCGCCGUGAACGAGAACAUCGCAGCACCACCGGCGCAGAACAGCAACAGCGCGCGCAAGAAGAGCAAGAAGACACCUUCCGAGAGCUCAGCUUCCAGCCUCAUCGACACCGCAAACUCGCUCGAUCCCGAAUCUUUUGCCAAACGCUAUCACGGCCUCCAAUACCGCGAAUACGGAUCCGGAUCUGGCCGGUCGCUCGUGUCACUCAAAUUCGCUGACGAGCUCACACCCGGCGAGUGCGAUGAAUGUCUCAACCUCAUUGCGAGCACGAGUCGGAAAGAUUAUGAGAGUAGUAAUUGGGGAUGGCAUCCGAAGCGGAAAAAGCGAGAGAUGAAGGAGAAGGAAAUGCGCUACCUUCUUGUUCGAAGACCUCUUCCUGGAGAAGCGUCGCAACGAGCAGACGACACGGAAUUUGAAGGCUUCUUAAGCUUCAUGCUCACGCACGAUUCGACACCGGCUGUGCCUGUGCUUUACAUAUAUGAGAUACACCUCACGGAGGCUGCCAGAGGGAAAGGGCUGGGCCGCUUCCUGAUGGCGUCUGCAGAGUCUUUUGCGCGCAGUGUGGGAGUGGACAAGGUCGUGUUGACCUGUUUCCUGUGCAAUGUUGUGGCGCGCAACCUUUAUCUACGCCUCGGAUUCGGCACCGAUGUUUGUUCACCCGGGGACCGGAAGACCAGAAACAAAGUGGUCAAAGUCGACUACGUGAUUAUGAGCAAAGACCUCAAACGGAACGAAAUUACGACUAACGCGCACGAGGUAAUGGAAGACGAAGACAUGGACGUUUCUGUAUCGCCGGAAGCUAAUGAGAUACCAAGUCUGGAUAACAGCCCAGAGAUUCUUCGAGCAUGGACAAAGACGAUCAAGGAGACAGAGCUUUUGAGUUUGGGACUGGAGGCAGCUGACUCCGCGAGACAGCAACUGUCGGAGGGCAACAAGGAGCAGGCGACGCGGCAUAUGACUAUUUUGCAAGCGCUCUACCAAACGCUGCAGACGCAGUGGGAGGCCACGAGAGAUCUGGACGAGCUUCUGCGCGAGCAAACGUAUCACCUGAAGUGUCAGAUCUUCGACAUUGAGCGCCUCGCGGAGACUUUGAAGCCCACACCCAACCUGAAGCGGGAGCCGUCUUCCACAGAAACCAUCCCAGACGAUGAGAAUUUUGACAUGGAGAAAGCGACAGAACAAGUUUACUCAGCAUUCUAUACACUUAUGCGGAAAGCGGAAGAGGUGGAUAACCGCCUGGACGACGUUGCCGAUCGAGAACAAGAACUCGAACUUCUCGAGAACGACCUGGACGAGCGGGAGGAAGAACUGGACAGCUGGGAGAAUGACCUUUACGAGCGCGAGAAGGCUUUGGCAGAGAGGGAAGAGCGUCUGUCGCGAUCCAAGCAGCGGUUCAAGAGGCAGAAGGAUCGGUACGGCGUCAGUGGCGAGAGCGAAGUCUUUCGACAGGAUGCGGACGACGAAGGCGAGAUGCCGCAGGCUCUCAGCCGCGAGGGCGAGCAAGUGCGCGCACUGCCGUGGAGACAGGAGUCGCCGGCGAGGGACAAGGUGAAUUUGUGGUUGCAGAACAGCAGUGGGGAGCAGAGUUUUCUGGCAGCAACCACGCCGGAGGAAUGA